AUGUCGAAAAGGACUUUUAAUGACAUCAUAAUUGUUAAUGAACCUAGCGAUGAUAAUGAAGUUGCGGAGACUGUAUUAACUAAUAACGAAAAUUUGCACAAAGAAUCCGAAAAGUGUCCACUUCCUACACUUUCAGUUUCUACUAUGACUUCUACUAAUAAUGAACAAAAGCAUAAGAAAAAAACUCGUGAAGUUCCGUCACGUUAUAUGCAAUCUAUUUCGGGCAAUUCUAAUGCCUCAUCAAAUAAAAAUCAAGAUAUUAAAAAAAAUGCUAUAUCCAAACCAGCCAUCGAAGGUAGCAGACCCAGUGUCAAACCAAUCAAAACUGUACAGAAACAAUUGGGUAUAUCUCGAACGAUCGCUCAGAAACGUAAAUCCCAAAAAAUUGUUACAAGUUUGAAUAAAAAUCAAGAAACAAUAAACCAGGAUCAAAAUAAGGCUACCUUACAAGAUUGUCAAUCUCCAACUGAGAAUCGUAAUUUAGAUGAUGAAUUGAUAAUGUUAAAUGCACGAUUGACGCAAUGGUGUUUAUUAAACGCUAAAGCAGAACAUGCUUUUGAGUAUCAAAAAAGAACUGCAGAGAUUCAAUUAUUGGAUGCAUGGGAAUUGCUUGUAAAGAAACAAGAAGAAUUGUCAAAGGCCAGUCACAAAUUUACAUUGGAGAAAGAAAUUAUCUUCCUAAAUACGACUUUAAAGCUUCAGCGAGACAUUUUAUUACAAAUCAACGAACAUUUUGAAAAUUUUAAGAAACGUUACAUUUUAUUUGCGUCAUCUUUAGCAAGCACUACAACAGCAAUGCCAAUUGCUAAUAUAAUAACCGGUGAAUUAGAUCAAUUAAAGAAUGAGAUUAUCACGUGUUCGAUAGCAGCUGAGGACGUUUUACGAAAAUGGGACAUGGAGUCACCAUUGACACAUGAUGUCGCCCGGUCAAUGCACACAUUAUGUAUGAAUAUAAAAAAAGAGAUUCAAGAGUUAAAUGAGUGCAAUGCCCUUCUUCGUGAAAUUUCUGAAGCUGAAACCAUUGAGGCUAGCUUGAGAAUACAAAAGCAAAAGAAGUGUCUCGAAUUAUCUGCCGAUUACUAUCAAGGUAUCUCGAAUCUUUUAAAAGAAACCGAUGUUUCAUUAUUUCUAGCACCGCCAAUGCCGGGAACGGAUCCUCUCCAUAUUAUCAACGAGACUGGAAUGGUAAUCAGUGGUAUGCUAAAUCCGGGCUUGGGUGGAUAUGCUGUUAGUCCCCAAAAUUAUAGUAAUAAAAAAUUAAAAAGACAUGGGAGGGAUGAUAUUUCAGCUAGUGGAGAAGAGGCUUACAGUUCCGAAAAUCAAAAAGCACCAAAACAUAGACGAGCACCAAGACAACUUUGGACAGAUGAUGAAGUAGAACGGUUGAAAGCUGCCCAUGACAAAUACAAUGGUGAUUGGGAACUAAUUAUUAAAGAAUUUGAACCUGAGCGUACCAGAAUUCAAAUCUUCCAGAAGGCACGUCAGAUGGGACUUCGCGCCGUAGAAUCUGGGAAACUGAUCGACCUUUCAAAACCAAACGCGAUUAUCGAAUAUCACAAUGCAAAUUUACCGGAAGGAACGCUCGAAGAUGAAGGAAUCGAGUUCGAACAAGAAAAUGUCGGCGGCGAUUGGGUACAAGAAGAGGAUGACGCUGUAAACGACGGUUCAAACGAUUGA